AUGUCUUCUUUUCAUGAGGUCCAAGAUCAACUUCUUUUGAGUUAUGAGGAUGGUAUUCUAGAUGAAGAUGAGUUUUUGCUACUACACAAGCAAUUUAUACCGAAAAAUCUAAAUUUCUCAUACAAGGAAUACGACAGGUUUUCCUUCAGAGUUUAGAUUUAGAAAGCACGACUUGCAAAUUCUCUCAAAGGUUCUUCAAAUACCUGAUAGCUUCAGAUGCUAUCAAAGAAGUGUUGUUGACGGAAUGGAAGGUCUCUGCAUUCUUCUUAGCAGAUUAAGUUAUCCAUGCAGAUACAGUGACAUGAUUUCUCAAUUUGGACUGCCGGUACCAGUU